AUGGUGUUUGCAUUAAUCUUUAGCAACAUUAAUCUCAGUGUCGGCCACCGCAAAUAUACUGUUGGUGACGACAAUGGAUGGGACUUAAAUGUUAUCACAAAUUGGGCCAAAGGCAAGACGUUUAAUGCUGGAGAUAUUCUUGAAUUCAAAUACAAUACCGCUGAGCACAAUGUGGUUGUGCUGAAAAGACGACAAGACUUCGAAAAUUGCAAUGUGGCAAGUGGUUCCAAGAUCUACGACACUGGGAGAGAUCCUAUCAAACUCAAAAGAGGCUACAACUACUUCAUCUGCAGCAAAUAUAACCAUUGCGGCGGUGGAUUGAAGAUGAAGAUCUAUGCUAAUUGAGAUUUGUAGGUUGAUGGAUGUUACUGAGUAAUCCUUAGGCAGUUUGAUUAGUUAUAAUAAAUCUUGUAUGUUUUUUUAGCUUGGUUAAUGUUAUG